ACCGCAUUUCCUCACCACUCCACCUUCUCCCACCUCCCUCUCUCUCAAUUCCAGCCGUUCAUUCUCGGCGAUGGAUCUCCUUCUCUUGCAGAAGGCCCUUUUCGCUCUCUUCUUCUCCAUCAUCGUCGCCACCGUCGUAUCAAAGCUACGCGGGAAGAGAUUCAAGCUCCCGCCGGGCCCAAUCCCCGUCCCUGUGUUCGGCAACUGGCUCCAGGUCGGCGAUGAUCUCAACCAUCGAAACCUGUCCGAUCUCGCCCGUCGGUUCGGAGAGAUCUUACUCCUCCGAAUGGGCCAGCGCAACCUCGUCGUCGUCUCCUCCCCUGACCUCGCCAAGGAAGUCCUCCACACUCAGGGCGUCGAGUUCGGGUCCAGGACCCGAAACGUCGUCUUCGACAUCUUCACAGGCAAGGGCCAGGACAUGGUGUUUACGGUCUACGGUGAUCACUGGCGUAAGAUGCGUCGGAUCAUGACCGUCCCAUUCUUCACGAACAAGGUGGUCCAGCAGUACAGGUACGGAUGGGAAGACGAGAUCGCACGUGUGGUGGAAGAUGUGAAAGCGAAUCCAGAUGCGGCAACGAAGGGGAUUGUAUUGAGGAGAAGGCUACAGCUGAUGAUGUACAACAACAUGUACCGGAUCAUGUUCGAUAGGAGAUUUGAGAGUGAGGAAGAUCCUCUGUUCGUGAAGCUGAAAGCAUUGAAUGGUGAACGGAGCAGAUUAGCCCAGAGCUUUGAAUAUAAUUACGGUGAUUUCAUUCCCAUCUUGAGGCCUUUCUUGAGAGGGUAUUUGAAGAUUUGCAAGGAAGUGAAGGAAAGGAGGCUGCAGCUCUUCAAGGACUACUUUCUUGAGGAGAGGAAGAAGCUCGCAAGCACCAAAGGCUCGGCCAGCGCAUCUGGGCUAAAAUGCGCCAUCGACCACAUCCUCGAUGCCCAAAACAAGGGAGAAAUCAAUGAAGACAACGUCCUCUACAUUGUAGAAAACAUCAACGUCGCUGCCAUUGAGACGACAUUGUGGUCGAUUGAGUGGGGCAUCGCGGAGCUCGUGAACCACCCCGAGAUCCAACAGAAGCUGCGUAACGAGCUCGACACGAUCCUAGGCCCCGGCGUCCAGGUCACUGAGCCAGACACCUACAAGCUCCCCUACCUCCAGGCAGUGGUCAAGGAGACGCUCAGGCUCCGCAUGGCCAUCCCACUUCUCGUCCCACACAUGAACUUGAACGAUGCUAAGCUGGCAGGCUACGACAUCCCGGCCGAGAGCAAGAUCCUAGUCAAUGCAUGGUUCUUAGCAAACAACCCCAAGCAAUGGAAGAAGCCUGAGGAGUUCCGCCCCGAGCGGUUCCUUGAGGAGGAGGCCAAUGUGGAAGCUAAUGGCAAUGAUUUCCGCUACCUCCCGUUCGGGGUGGGCCGCAGGAGUUGCCCAGGGAUCAUACUGGCAUUGCCGAUUCUCGGGAUCACGCUGGGCCGCCUGGUCCAGAAUUUCGAGCUCAUGCCGCCAGUCGGUCAGGCCAAGCUCGAUACGAGUGAGAAAGGAGGGCAGUUCAGCUUGCACAUACUCAAGCAUUCCACUAUUAUUGCAAAGCCUAGAGUGUUUUGAGGCUCUUAUUUCCUCUUUCUUUUCUUUUUCUUUGUUUUUUUUUUUUUUUUAAUAUCUUAUGUUUACUUUGAAAAGGACUCUUUCUAUCUUAUUUCUUUGAAUUUGUAUGGUGGAUGGUGUUGGCAAGAGGAUGGAAUGGUGGAUGAGUGAAAAUGUAUGGAUUUGUAUGGGCACAUUGCAAAGUUGCAAUAAAACGUGUAUGGUUUUGGGUCUCUUGCUAACAUGGGUGGGAGAUCAGAGCCGGCCAUCAGGUGAUCCAUGUUUCUAUUA